CCUCCCGCUGCCAUGAGCCGUUCGCGGGGCCGUCCAGUAGAGUUUGAUGAGGAGGAGAACAUCCUCUUUGGCGACGGUGAAGAUGACCCGCCUGCAGAGGAUGACCAAUUCAUGGAGGACCAGGACGUGCCCAUGGACCAGGGCGACGAUGUAUAUGCUGCCGACCAUCAGAUGGGCGAUGCUGAGGCGGCGGCGGCGGCGGCCGAGACCGCCGACGAGCGGCUCAUCCGUGAGGAGAAGGAGGAGCGGGAGAGGGAGGAGCAGCUCGCCAAGAUGCAGAGGGAGGCCGACCUCGCCCGCAUCAAGAAACGCCCCGACCUGGUGGAUCUGCUGCGGAGCGAGAGGGGCUUCAAGUCCCUCUACGAUCACGCCAAAUCGCCGGCCUUCCAAUCGCAGCUGCGGCACGAGAAGCCCCGGUCGGGGCAGCCAAAGGGCCUCAACGAGCAGCACAACCUGGACGUGUUCCUCUCGACCGUGCAGACGUGGAUGCAGCAGCUAUACCCCUUCCCCCUCCACCCAGACGACCUCGCCAAGAAGCUCGAGCGCCUGUCACGCGGCAGCUUCAAAGGCAACCCCCUCCGCGACCACAUCAUGCACCUCAGGGCGCACCACAAGUUCCCCGACUGCCCCAUCCCAUUCACCAAGACACACCUGACCCUCCAGCAGGCCAUCGAGCGCCUCAACCUCGGCGAUGGCGGCGCCAAGAGGGAGGCGGAGGACACCAAGAUGCAUGAUGCCGCUGCUGACUACCCGGACCCCCAUGACGACGGGGUGUUCGGAGGUCAUCAUGACGAUGACGACGACCAUUUCGUCCCUGACGAGCUCCUCUUCGGCAGUGGUGGUGGUGACGCCGGCCCCUCUCGGCAUUCCCCGCCGCCCCCUGCAGCAGCUGGAGCAGCAACAGCACCGAUGGACGAGGCGACCAAGGCCCGCAUCGCAGCUGCCAAGGAGCGUGCCCUGGAGAAGAAGCGCAAGAAAGAGGAGGAGCGCAAGAGGCAGGAACAGGCGGACCAUCAGGGAAGGCAGGAGGGGGGCGGGGGUGAGGGGGCCGGCGAUAGAGACGUAGCCAUGGAAAGGGAUGGUGGGGGUGAGGAUAGGGGUGGUGUGCCUCAGUUGUCGCCUGAAGAGCUGGCUGCCAGAUUGGAGCGGAAUAGGAAGGCUGCAGAGGAGAGGAAACGGUACGUCUGACGCAUGAAUCCACGGAUACAAUGAGUACAAUGCAGGCGUUCAGUUGCGUGUUUCUGUACCUGUGUGUGUAUUGCAGGUUGAAGCAGCUGCAACGGCAGCAGGAACAAGCCGACAAGGCGAAUCCCAACUGAUGGCUCCAUACCUACCUAGACAGACGUGCCCAGAUAGAGCCAGAGGAGACAUCCGUAGAUGGGCAGACAGACAGACACAUUCACGCGGAAGUAAGUGGUUUGGUUUGAAUUAAUCAAUGAAUGAACAUGCUGCAUUCAUUCGUACAAAUGUCGAUCAACGUGU